AGUAUCUCUAUGUGUCAAAACAUCCCCGGGUAAAUCCACGUGGUUACAGUUUACGGAACAAGUAUUCGGUUAGUAGCUAUGUCCGCUAAUACAGGCCAGCCAGCUCAAGACAAGGUAUUAGAUGCCGCCAUAGUUGCUAUACUGGCGAAAGUAGGGGAUGUGAAGGGCUCGCUCUCUAAUUUUGUGGGGAAAAUGGAACACGAAGCACUCACGUGGCCAAGUGUCCUUGACAGCUUUUCUGCAUUGUCAGGUCAUUACAGUACACUGAUGAAGCAGCUCGGCAAUGAUAAGAUUCCUCCACUACACAGUCAAGUCUUACUACCCCAUCAAGUCUCUAGUGAAAAAGAUAAUGAUCUCGAGAGAUCAACUGAAGGCAGAAUUUCUAUUCUUCAUCAUGAAGUUGUACCUGACUACAUGAGGACUAAGCUUGAAUUAGACUUGGAAGCAAAGCAGAGGGAUCUUUAUGCUGAUGCAGCAAACCCCCCUCCUGAUUUUCAGGAGACUCUUAAGAAUUUCAAUUCUCUUGUUGAUAAAGCUGCCUCGCUAGUUGAAGAAUCAAGAGAGAACUGGGAGAAACAAAGCAAGAAACUAGAUACUGUUCAAGUUAAUUCUUCUGAGGACACAAGGCGAUUAGUAGCUGCCUAUCUCAAUGGAACAGGUCUUCAAAUGAUGUCAACUGCUCGAAAAAUGGCACUGCAGGGAGGGAAGCCGACAUCACAACAACAACAACAGCAGCAGCAGCAACAACAACAACAACAACAACAACAUGCUAUGCAACUACAACAGCAACAACUAUUACAGCAACAAAUGGCAGCAAGAACAAUAUCUCGAGUAGCUCCACCUGCUGGUAUGCGGCCUAUGAUGAUGGCGCCAGCUCCUGGUCCUGGACCACCUGGAUUCCAUCAAGGCUCACCCUACAAGAGACAACAAUAGUUUUGAUUUUUACACAAUAAUAAUUGUAAAACAUUAACUCAG